GCAGCAAGGGGGCCCCACCACACACCCACACCCCCCAGGAGCAGCAGCUGCAGCAGGAGCUGCAGCAGCGGGGACCCCACAGACACAAACAACGCCGCAUGCACUACUCCCUCGAAAUUCGAAAAAACAGGUUCUCGGGGGAGCUGGGAUCCGUUCCCUAUGUCUUUGACCCCCGCUCCCUGCUCAUGCGGAUGCGGCAGGCCCUCUCAGACAGAGACGGUCAAGGGGACUCAGGAGCUCAAGGAGCUGCAGCAGCAGCAGCACCAGCAGCAGCAGCAGCAGAUGCUGCUGCUGAAGUCCCUUGCAGCGGGCCGCGUGACUUCGGCCUCAGCAACACAGCGAAGGACGCGGCGUUCCGAAAGCCUCAAGAGCCGCAGACCCUUAUGAGCAUGUUCACCCCUAGGGGCCUCUUCGCCCCUGGGGCUGAGGGCCCCCAGAGGGCCUCUUGGCAGCCAAGAGCGAAGCAGUUUGGAGGCGCGGGGCCCUUAGCUGCUGCUGCUGUGUCUCCUCCCUCUUCAUUUCCUGCUGCUGCUGCUGCUGCUGUCCCUGAUGCUGCGCCUUCAGCAGCAGCGGCAGCAGCAGGACCAGCGGCAGCAGUAGGACCAGCGGCAGCAGCACCACUAGCAGCAGCAGCAACGCCAGCAGCAGCAGCAACACCAGCAGCAGCCGCAGCGACAACAGCAGAAGCAGCGGGGCCAGCUGCAGCAGCAGAGAAGUGUGUGGGGCUGACAGAGGCCCUCCCGAUAUCUCUGCUGAGGGAAAUUGCUGCUGCGCUGCCGCUGCAGCAGCCAAUCAAGACAGCGGGAGCUGGCCGCACAAAGCUGCUGCUGCUGCAGGACUUGCAGGAAGCUGCUGCCCGAAGCCCCAGCGUGGAGGCAUGCAUUGACCGCAUGCUGCAGCAGCACGCGCGCAUGCAGCAGCAGCAGCAGCAGUUGGCGGCAGAAAAGCAGCGGGCCCGUGAAGGCCUAACAGACGCGCAGCAGCAGCAUGCUGACCGAGCAGCAGCCCGUGCUGCUGCUGCUGCUGCUGCAGCAGCAGGGUGCAGCCCCGAGUACGUUUCGCCGCCGCUCACUCGCCGCGUCCCGCUGCUGCAGUACCUCGAAGAGCGCGGCAGCAGCUACACAGAAGCAGCUCGGAGCUAUUUCAUGGGUGCGGCGCCUCCCAGCGCAGCAGCUGCAGCAGGAGCAGCAGCAGCAGCUGCCCCGGCCCUCUCCAACGGGAGUGUGCAGCGUGCUGCUGCUGCUGCACCGGGUGCUGCUGCUGCUGAAGCCACUUCUGCCGCAGAAAGUCUCCCCGUCACGCCGUUCGCCCCCGACGCCCGCCUGCAACAGUAG